ACGGAAGAGUGAAAGAAUAGCAGAUCUCUUAGCGCAAGCUUCCUGUUUGAUCGUACUUCUAAAGGAAGGGCUUUUCGCUUGAUCAGAUCAAGGUUUUCAUAAAAACGCCUCUUUUUUUAUGUGUUUGAUCCGGUUGUUUUCUGGACUUCUGUUUUCCUUUCCCCUGUGAAUCCUAGUACUGGCUUGGCUGUGACUGAGAGGGUUUUGUGCCCGUAUCCUUGAAGGAUGAGGUUCUGGUGAUCUGGGAUUAAUAAGCUCACCUAGAAAUGGGAGAAUCGAGUCCGAUGAUAGCCAAGGAUGUAACCGAAUUGAUAGGAAGAACCCCAUUGGUGUAUCUCAAUAAGGUAGUAAAUGGUUGCGGAGCCCGUAUAGCUGCGAAGCUUGAGAUGAUGGAGCCAUGCUCCAGUGUCAAGGACAGGAUUGGAUACAGCAUGAUUGCUGAUGCAGAGGAGAAGGGUCUUAUCACACCUGGAAAGAGUGUCCUGAUUGAGCCUACCAGCGGCAAUACUGGCAUCGGACUGGCUUUCAUGGCUGCUGCAAAGGGUUACAAGCUUGUCCUUACAAUGCCAGCCUCAAUGAGCAUUGAGAGAAGGAUCAUUCUUAAAGCUUUUGGUGCUGAAUUGGUCCUCACUGAUCCAGUUUUGGGUAUGAAAGGUGCUGUUGAGAAGGCUGAGGAACUGGCUGCAAAAACACCGAACUCAUACAUUCUUCAGCAGUUUGAAAAUCCUUCCAACCCCAAGAUUCAUUAUGAAACGACUGGACCUGAGAUUUGGAAAGGAACUGCUGGAAGAGUGGAUAUCCUCGUCUCUGGUAUCGGUACAGGUGGUACAAUAACUGGAACAGGGAGGUUUCUCAAAGAACAGAAUCCUAACAUUAAGCUUUAUGGUGUGGAACCAGCUGAAAGUGCUGUUUUAUCUGGAGGAAGGCCUGGUGCACAUAAGAUCCAAGGGAUUGGAGCUGGUUUUAUUCCAGGUGUUUUGGACGUCAAUCUCGUUGAUGAAGUUAUUCAAAUCUCAAGCAAUGAAUCCAUUGAAAUGGCAAAGCUUCUUGCACUGAAAGAAGGGCUGCUGGUAGGAAUAUCAUCUGGAGCUGCUGCCGCUGCUGCCAUCAGGGUCGCACAAAGGCCCGAGAACGAGGGAAAACUCAUAGUUGUUGUUUUCCCCAGCUUCGGCGAACGGUAUCUUUCCUCGGUGCUCUACCAAUCGAUAAAGAAGGAGGCCGAGAAUAUGGUUUUUGAGCCAUAAAGAUGAUUCUUAUUUGCUGAGAGUCUCCAUCCAAGUGUUUUAAAGCUAGCAACUCAGAAGGUUUGGUCUAUCGCAAUCGUUCUUGCGAGAAUAAUUUGUGUUAAAAUGGCACCCGAAGCAAUGUGUAAUCAACAGUUUUUGGAUUGAAUUGUUUGAGAUUUACAUGAACAAUAUGUCAAAGUAUGUGUCAUUUCUUCAGCUUAUAUUUGUAUCAGAAGUUCUUUGGAAAGGUAAGGAUUCUAUGACCUCCUCAAUUGCUAA